AUGCCCUCGCCUCUUCCCCGGCGCAGGUACGUCCCCAGCGAGCUGUCGCCGUCGGUGGACGCCAGGCCCUGCAGCAGCCCUUCCGAGCGCCCGGGGCGGGCGGGGAGGCCCUUCCUGGGGGACAGUCCGCCCAGGGCGCCGCGGCUCCCCCGCCGGCUGGCCUGGUGCUCCAUCGACUGGGAGCAGGUGCGCUUCCUGCGGAGGCUGGGCGCCGGCGGCUUUGGCUCGGUGUACAAGGCCACCUACCACGGCGUCCCGGUGGCCGUAAAGCAAGUGAACAGGUGCGCCAAGAACCGAGCGGCGUCGCGGCGCAGCUUCUGGGCGGAGCUCAACAUCGCGCGGCUUCGCCACGACAACGUCGUGCGCGUGGUGGCCGCCAGCACGCGCACGCCCGCGGGCUCCGACAGCCUGGGCACCAUCAUCAUGGAGUUUGGGGGCAACGUCACCCUUCACCAAGUCAUAUACGAGGACGCCGAGCCUCCCUGCUGUGCCGGAGACCGGUUAAGUUUGGGGAAGUGUCUGAAGUAUUCCCUGGAUAUUGUGAACGGCCUGCUCUUCCUUCACUCGCAGAGCAUCGUGCACCUGGACCUGAAGCCUGCUAACAUUCUGAUCAGUGAGCAGGACGUCUGCAAAAUCGGGGACUUCGGCUGCUCCGAGAAGCUGGAAGGGCGGCUGUGCUCGCAGGCCCGCCCCUACCCCCUGGGGGGCACCUACACCCACCGAGCCCCGGAGCUGCUGAAAGGAGAGACCGUGACGCCCAAAGCGGACAUCUAUUCCUUCGCCAUCACCCUCUGGCAAAUGACCGCCAAGGAGGCCCCGUACUCGGGGGAGCGGCAGUACGUGCUCUACGCCGUGGUGGCCCACGGCCUUCGGCCGUCUCUGUCGGCAGCUGUCUUCACGGACUCCAGGUCUGGGAAAAGCCUGGCCAAGGUCAUCCAGGGCUGCUGGGGGGCCAGUGCUUCGCAGCGGCCAAGUGCGGCCCUCCUCUUGGUUGACCUGAACUCCUUACGAGCUGAAUGUGGCUGA